AUGUCAACAGAUAAUAAUAAUAAUAAUAAUAAUAAUAAUGAUUAUGAUAGUGAAAAUAACAAUAAUAUAUUAUUAGAUGGCAAUGCCACUAGAACCGCAACAGCAUCUUUUGUAUUGCCAUAUACUGCUUCUAUUGCCAACUCUAUAGAACAAUUAGAGGCUGAUGCAAAAUCACUCUUUUCUCUGCAUUCUAUGUUUUCAAAUCAACUUCACAGAUUACAACUUGAAGAAGUAGCUUUAAAGAAACAAUUGGCAAAUGAAAACAAUCAAUGA